UGAAGCGUUGAGCUAUACUGUUACGGGGUCCUGAGGCGCCCAGGUGAUGCCUCUCUUUGUGGCUGAUAAACAAGAUGGCUCCCGUACAGGAGAAGAAGCUCUUGGGUGCCGCCGGGGCGUCCGACACCCUUGAAAACACAAUUGAAGAUGAAGAGGGACAGAACCUAUGGUCUUCCAUUCUGAGCGAAGUAUCCACUCGUUCUUUGUCCAAGCUACCGUCAGGAAAAAACAUCUUGGUUUUUGGAGAAGAUGGCUCAGGAAAAACAACAAUUAUGGCAAAACUCCAAGGAGCUGAACACAACAAAAAUGGGAGGGGACUUGAGUUUUUGUAUUUGAGUGUCCAUGACGAAGACAGAGAUGAUCAGACCCGGUGUAACGUGUGGAUCCUGGACGGUGACCUGUAUCACAAAGGACUGCUAAAGUUUGCCGCCUCUGCUGAGUCACUGACAGACACCCUGGCAAUUUUCGUGGCAGACAUGUCGCGGCCAUGGACCAUCAUGGAAUCGAUACAGAAGUGGGCCAGUGUCCUGCGUGAACACAUUGACAAACUCAAGAUCGUGCCAGAGGAGAUGAGGCGGCUGGAGCAGGAAUUGGUGAAGCACUUCCAAGAGUAUGUAGAACUAGAGGAGGCAUCGCAGGGGUCUCCACAGAGACGAGGGCACCCAGUAUCGGGGACAGAAGAUGAGGAAGUUGUCUUGCCACUUGGAGAGAACGUACUCACGCACAACCUGGGCAUUCCAGUGCUAGUAGUUUGCACAAAGUGUGAUGCUGUCAGCGUGCUGGAAAAGGAGCAUGACUACAGAGAGGAGCAUUUUGACUUCAUCCAGUCCCACAUCCGACGGUUUUGCUUACAGUAUGGAGCUGCAUUGAUUUACACUUCAGUUAAAGAAGAAAAGAACCUAGACCUCCUUUAUAAAUACAUUGUUCACAAAAUGUAUGAUUUCCAGUUUACCACACCUGCCUUAGUGGUAGAGAAAGAUGCAGUUUUCAUCCCAUCUGGAUGGGACAAUGAGAAGAAAAUAGCUAUCUUGCAUGAAAAUUUCACAACGGUGAAACCUGAAGAUGCUUUUGAAGACUUUAUUGUAAAGCCUCCUGUAAGAAAGCUGGUGCAUGAUAAAGAAGUUGCUGCAGAAGAUGAGCAGGUUUUCCUUAUGAAGCAACAGUCCUUGUUAGCCAAGCAGCCUGCCACACCAACAAGAGCAAAUGACUCUCCGGCAAGAGCUCCAACUGGCUCUCCUCGACCCUCAAGCCGCUCUGGACCUGCCAACGUAGCCAGUGUGUCUCCAAUGACGGCCGUGAAAAAACCAGAUCCGAAUAUGAAAGGUGCUGCAGCGAAUGAGGGUGUGCUGGCUAACUUCUUCAACAGCUUAUUGAGUAAAAAGACAGGCUCUCCUGGGAGCCCCAGUGCUGGAGGAGUGCAGAGCUCUACCAAGAAAGCAGGGCAGAAGCCAGUUUUGACUGACGUUCAGGCGGAAUUGGAUAGAAUGACUCGCAAACCAGAUUCCAUGUCGGCCAACGACACUUCCCCAACAGAGAAUGAAGACUGAGUGUACCUGCCGCAUUGUCCACUAAAAACAUACGACCAAAUUGUAACUGUAUACAAGUCCACAACAGACAAGGAUUUUGUCGAAUAUGGCAGAUGGCCAUUUUUUUUUCCCCCGGAAAGUAUGGGAGGAGGUUAGGGCAACGUUUUUAAAGGGCAUCACAUAUAUUAAGGCAUAUCAAGUAAUACAAUGUGUGCACUCACUGAAAGGUAGCAAAAUCCCCUGUGUCUGAAUGCCGUUAUAGCUUCUGAAAGCUCUUUCUACCCUCCCUGUGACCAGAAAACGGAUGCAGUUUUGUUGGUGCAAUGGCCCUUGUGGAAGAAAAUACAUAAAAAAAAAAAGGAAAACUGGCCUAAAAUAUUUGUUUUUCAUUAAAAUGUUUUAUAGGAAAAAAAAAAUUGAAUAUAGUUACACUAUUAAUCUCCAGUAACUUAAUGACACUAAUGUGGCAAACAUUGACUGAUGGCAUAUGAGGUUGUGCUGUACUGAAAGAGCAGGGAAGUAGUUUCUGUAAAUAUAAUUAAGAUAUUACAUUAAUUAACGUAAGCUUCAUUUUCUUCGGAAUAAAAAACAAUUAACACAAAUAUCAUGAGAAAUAUAUUAAAGAAAAAAAAAUGCAUUGUAAUGUUUAUAACGAUUAGAUUGUAUGAUGGACAUUCAGUCUGCUGUUGACAGGAGGGAAUUACCUGCUAUAGCUACAAGUGCCUGGCACAGUUUACUGUAAAUGUCAUAGUAGGUGAUUGAAUCAAAUGUGCACUGUAGUACAGAUGGUCACUUUUUUUUUUUUUUUUUAAACUGGAUCUUUUUUUCCUUAUUUAUUUUGUUUUGUUAUACCAAUCCAAUGCAUUUAUUUUUUUAUUUUAUAAAAGUUGGCUAUCAUUUUAAUGGUUUUUCAGUGGUGUCUUCUUUUAAAUGAAGUGAAGAGUUAACCAUAAAACACUCAGAUGAGGUCAUUCACCUGUGAAAGGACUGUUGUAGAUUAGUUUUGUGGGCUGAUCGGGUCUUCAGCUCUUUAGGGUAUUAACCCAGUAUUCUAAGUUGAGUGGUAAAACAGUUAGCUUGCAUAGAACUAGGUGAAACAUAGCUUGACCUAAUAGGAUUUAGCUCAGUAACAGUGGAAAGAACAGAAUAUUAGGCCCAUGAAAAUUUGGGGGGUAUAUAUUUUCCCUGUAAAGUGUCAUUUGAACUUUUAGUCAUUAUUUAAGUAUUUUUUCAUACAAAUUCAUUCUCCUGACAAUUCAUGUAAUGGUAGUGUGCCAUUAAUUCUAACAUUCCCAUUUUUAGAUGAGUCUGGUGCAGUACUUCAAAACCUGACCCUUUUUUUCUUCUGAAUAUAGAUGGGUAUCAACAGAGAUGACUACAUUUUUGUCCAGGUGUUAAGGUCAAUUAAAACUGGUUAAACAGAAGUUCCCCAUACAGCUUUUGGCACUCCUUUAAACCUCCCCACUUUCUCAGUUGGGUUUAGUUGUAAAUCUCAAUUUGUGUGAAUCUAAAUAACUUUAGAUUUUUUUUUUUUUUUUUUGGCUAUGGAUUCCAAGUAUUAGGUUUUACUGACACUAUGUAAAAUAUCAGAAUGUUUAGGAUUACAAAAAUAACCAUGUUGUGAAGGUGUCAAGCUGUUUUUAUACCGAUUUCUCUUUGGGUAUAUGUGUGUGUAGUUUGCAAAAAAAAUCUGUAACAUCCGAAAAAAUCACUUUCGGCAAAUUCCCCUUGUAAUGUAGCUAGAUGCAAGAAUAAUUAAGUAUUUGAUUUGGAGUCUUUCACAAACUGCUCUAUGUUGUACAUCCACCCUUGCCCAAUCUGGAUUCUUGAGUCAGGUAAAGCAGCUGAAUGCUUUUCAAUAAAAGCAAAUACAGUUCCUUAAAAAAAUGAAAAUUGGAACCUGGAACCAAAGACGUCUGAGUGGAAAUGGCCCAUCGUUUCAUCAAAUAGAAAUAUCCCUGGUCAAGCUCUGGAGUAGCCAUCAUUCCACAGCUGAUUCUAUGUUUAUUGAAAUGGCACAUGCAUUUAAUGUGUAAACACUACUAGUGUUGAAUUCACUGUGUAAUAAUUUUGCUCUUAAGGGAAAACCACAAGUCAAGUUGUGUAGAGUCUGCUUUCUGUUGCAUGAACGAAUUUGUUGUACUAAAAAAGAAAUAUGUCUGGAUCUGUUAUUUAGCAAAUGUAAGCAGUAAUGUAUACCACUGAUGCUGGGCAUAACUUAGCCUAAUGUGUAAAGGCUGUGGCUUUAAGUCAAAACACAAUACUCAAGAAAACUAGGAGUAUUAUCUUGCAUUUUAAAUGAGCAGUCUCCUGAUUUAUCAAGCCAGCACUUGUAAUGUUACCCCAAAUAAUUGUUUACAUUUAUUUCAUUUAAUAUUUAUCAGGAAUAUCCUGGCAUUUUCCAAUCAAUGUAUUUAAUUGGAUAUGUAUAACAGGUUAUUUUGUUAAAAUUGACUCAUUUGUAACCAAACAAAAACUGGAAUGUGUCUUGUUAAUCGUGCUCAUUUCCACGUGUCCCAAGGAAUCCUAAAAAUAUUUGUUCUCUCCCCCCCCCCCCCCCCCCCCCCCCCAUCCUAUUUCAAGGGACCACAUGUUAUGUUUGAAGGGGAGGGAGAUUAAGAAAUUAAUUGUCCUGCUGUCCCACCAUUUUUUAAACCCCUUAAUGAGUGGAUGCUCCUAGUUAUUCACUGGUUAAAACUGUCUAAUUUUUAUAUAUCAGUCCAUGAUAAUGCAUUACCAACGUCUCACCAGCUUUGGAACACUGCACAGUUUGGUUACCAGUAUUUGGAAGCAUUAGAAACUAAAGUGCAAAAAAAUGUUUAAGGCCUUUUAAUUUUCCAAGUUCAUUUAGGACAUUGUCAUUUUAUCUACAGGGUUGUAAUUGCAUAGCAGACAGUAGUUCUGCUUAGCCCUGAAGUAAAGAUACCUGUACAUUCUAAGUUAAUUAUUUUUUUAUUAUUUAAGAACAGUAUAAUCUUUCCCAGUGAAAGAUGAUUACUAUUAGGAAGAUCUGGCUAUAAUAAAGGAAGCUGUGUAUUUGGCAUAAACAUCAAAUAAAAAUAACUUUUAAUGCUGCUUGAAUUCAAAUUUGCACUUGAUUUUUUUUUUUUAAUUGGCAUUGUACAAAAUGAAGACUUUUUGUAUAGAAUUGUAUUUAAUUUAACUAAGUUAAAAGUGACUGCUCUGUACAUCAUAACUAACAAAAUAUACAUGCUUGUAAAAAAACAAAAAAAAUAAAAAGGAAAGGAAAAAAUAAA